AUUGUGUGUCCAGGAUUCGUGGCUCAUUUUUGACGCCUUGGCUUUACGCAAACCAGCGUAAAUCCUCGUCGCCUGCGGGGAGAAGAAACGUUUCUUUCCAGAAGAAUCCUCAAAAGUCGAUUCCGAGGAUGAUUCGCUUCAUACUGAUCCAAAACCGCGCUGGCAAGACUCGUUUGGCAAAAUGGUACAUGACUCUGGAAGACGAUGAAAAGCAGAAGUUGAUCGAAGAGGUGCACGCCGUCGUCACGGUCCGGGACGCUAAGCACACGAAUUUUGUGGAAUUCCGCAACUUCAAGAUCAUUUACAGGCGCUACGCGGGCUUAUACUUCUGCGUGUGCGUGGAUGUCAAAGAAAAUAACCUCGCCUAUCUUGAGGCCAUACACAAUUUCGUCGAAGUGCUUAAUGAGUACUUCCACAGCGUAUGCGAGUUGGAUUUGGUUUUCAAUUUUUACAAGGUCUACAGUGUCGUAGACGAGAUGUUCCUCGCCGGCGAGAUACGAGAAACGAGUCAGACGAAAGUUCUCAAGCAAUUACUCGUGUACAACUCACUGGAAUAAGGAACCGGAGAUGUCCGAUCAGAUCGCACCCAUGCAUGGGCUCCGGCAACAGCUUUUGGGGAUGUAGACUGGCAGGUAGCAAAGUACCAGGAUCCACUUAGUUAGUAGGAACAUAUCUGGAGAAGAUGCCAAAGCUCUCAGCAUGACCUCAGUUUCGCGGAUGGCUGUUUUCGUAUUCUCGGGUUUCGUUCCGCUGAAGAUCUCGUGUGUCAGAUCAAGUGUUCCAGGAAUGGAGGGAGGUGUUAGUUGUUGCGAUUGAUCGAGAGAGACAGAGAGGAGGUUUACUCCCAAGAGUGCAAUUUCGUGUUCUGGCUCUUCGGGACACGAAGGUGUACUCUCGACCUGAUCGCCAUCGGGAGUCGAAUAAAUGUUCGGAUACCCUGCACA